AUCGACAGCAGUACAUUGAUAAAUUAGAGCAAGUUAGAGCAAGUUGGAGUAAUCAAUUAAAAUCUCGAAAGAUUUUGUAAGAAAUCCAAAAUCAUGAAGCGAUUGAUAUUUGUUCUAUAUCUGUGCAGUAUCGCCCUUACAGUAAAUAUAGGUAUCGACGAUGUUACAGACAGAGUAGCGGAUGUUUUAUCGAUAUCAAAAACCGAUGUACAGAUCUGUUUUAAUAAAACAAAUGUAAAUGUCGCAGAUUUAGUGAUGAUGGAUCAACUAAUAAAUGACGAUGUGGAAACACCGGAUAUUAAUCACUCAGCUUUAAAAGUAGGCUGUCUAUUUGCAUGUCUGUUGCAGAAAAAAGAAUUGAUGGUUGGUACAUAUAUCGAUAUAGAAAAAGUGAAAAAAGAGCUGGACAAGAAAGUGCGAAAUGAUGACAACAUCUCUAUACGAAAUCGAAUAUUAGACAACUGUAUCGAGCAAGUUAAAAACACGACUGACGAAUGCAAAGUAAUUCUUAGAUUUUCUUUAUGCGUAGCUGAGGAAUCGAGACGCUAUGUGAAAUCGUGAAAUGUAUAAUAAAAUAAAAUUAAUAUUAAAUAAAAAUUACUAUUAUCUAUGA